UUUCACCUUUAUCCCUCAAAGAUUAUAUUAUUACUUUAUAUUGCUAAUUAAGAAUACUUGGGAUUUUGUUGUUGGGUACUUGGAUUCUCUUUAUUGACAGGAACAGAGGAGAAAACAGAGGAGGAGGAGGAGGACGAGGAGGGAGAGAUUUUUGGGAAGGACGAGAGAAGGAGCACGGGACGUAGCGGGGUUUGGGGGUUCGCGCCGUUUCGUUUUUGUCGAGCGGUUGAUCGAUCGAAACGGAUUUUGAGUUUCCGUGUUCGGCAUCGCUUCCCAUUUUCCGCCGCCGAAUACGGCCACCGAACCCUAGGGAGCGAUCGAUCGCCGCCGAUCGCCGCCGGCGAGGAGGAGGAGGAGGAGGCCGCCCAUGGCGGGGCCGCCGCCGCCGGCGCAGUUGGAGGACUGGCGCGAGCUCUUCCGCGGCGGCGGGGGGGCCGCCGCGGAAUCGGACAUCUUCGAGGUGAUCGAGAACGCGAUCCUCGUCGCCGCGUGGGAUCGGCCCCAGGAGCUCCGGAUCCGGAGGGAUCGGAUCGUGGAGCGGCUCUACACCGCGCUCCUCCCGCGCUGCUUCGGCUGCGACCGGGCGGAGCUCCGCUCCGCCUCCGCCGUCGUCGCCGCCGCCGCCGCCUCCGGCGGCGGCGGAGGAGACGACGCCGAGGAGGGGGGCGGGAGCGUGAGGAGGGAGCCGGAGAAGGGGAGCAAGGUGGGGAGCAGCAACGAUGGGCCCGAGGAUCUGCGGAGGGUUGUGAGCAGCAGCAACUACAGCUACGACGAAGCCGAAGCCCUAACGGAGGAGAUCGAAGAGGAGAGCCAGAUCGUCGGGGAGGUGCUCAGAAUAAAGGAGAUCCUCAUCAACAAGCAGGAUCAGUCGGAGAGCGUCUUGUUCGAUUCGCUUCGGAGGUUGCAGUUGAUGGAGCUCUCAGUAGCAACAUUGAGGGCAACUGAGAUUGGGAGAGCUGUUAAUGGCCUGAGGAAACACGGUUCGAAGCAGAUUCGGCAUCUCGUGCGCACUCUCAUAGAAGGUUGGAAAGUCUUAGUUGAUGAGUGGGUAAAUGCUACAGCUGCCAUUGCAGAUAAUUCUCCAGAAUCUGUGAAUCCAUCUGUUGUGGAUGAGGAAGAAGGGCUCCCUUCUCCUCCCUUGGAUGAAGGUGCUUUAUUGCUCACACAAACUACUUCUAUCCAGCUUUCUGAGUUCUUUGAUGGAAUGGAUGAUGACGGAAAUUUCAGAAAUAAUAGCGAGUAUGGCAAUAAGCGAGAGAAUGGUAGGAAGCCUCCGGUAAAUAACGAAGCAGUGAGGAAGCCGCAACCUCCUCGCCAGAUGGUUAAUCCAGAAAAGGUAGCAAGGCAAGUAAAGAGGCAAGAGCCCGUAAUGAGGCCGACAAAACCAUUAGAAGCCUCUAGUUCUCAACAAAGGCCCCAAGGUCACAUGAUCAAGCCAACUAAGCCCUUAAAUACUGAAUCCGGUCCUGGGAGACCACAGAAAUCAACUUUUGAGCCUAAACAAUCACAAACUCUUGCUGCCGAUCAAAGAAGAUCCGCAAUUCCUCCAACUGAUAAACCGAAUUGCUCGGAAGAAGCUUCGGUAAGGGCCAAGCUCGAGUUGGCGAAGCGGAAGCUCCACGAGGGCUACCAACAAGCAGAAAAUGCGAAGAAACAAAGAACAAUACAAGUAAUGGAGCUGCAAGAUAUACCGAAGCAGUCGAACCACAAUAGGCAAUUUAAUAUGAAACCCAAGAACCAUUUUAGGAAUUGGGCGAACGGGCGGCAUUAGUUAUUUCAAUCAGUGUUGUAACUCGAGUGGCAUAUUGCGGCGUGUUUGUUUUUCUUUUCCACCUGAGUCACCGGAAAAGGAUAUAGUUGCUGCAACAAUUCUCUCUAUGGAUUUUAGCUUGUUUGCCGACACUUAGGGGAGGAAUUUUUUUAAAUAUAUAUAUAUAUAUAUGUAUACUUUUGAUAAGAGAAUGUCGUGAUGGAUGAGAAAGAGGACUAAAGGAGUUUCAAUUAUGUCAAAUGACAUUUCGAGACAGUUAAGUUGUAAUCUAAUUAUCUGAUCCAGUCAUAAGUGGUUGGUUCAUUUCUCUUGUAGAAAUAACAUACACAAUUCAUAAGAUCCUCUUUACCAUUUUAUGUU